UCUGCUGCUGAAGAGAUGGGACGCUGAUCCAGAGACGAGCACUUCAUGCCUUGGAGAUCGGGUCUUCACAGCAUGGCUCGCUGCAUCACAGGGCUGUGAGUGGAAAGCUGGAAGAAGACCCCCCAACUGAGGAGUAUUUAUGAUUACCUUCUCUUCGGCUGAGUUGAUGCUUUCUCUUAAAUUUGGAGUGAUGUCCCAGUGCUGGUGCAGGCGGGUCCUGCUUGGUGUGGAAAUGGGCAUGCUGGUGGCGGUCCUGGUGGCCGGCAGUGCAGGACAGACCCAUGGCAGGAGAGAGGCAGGGUCAUCCUGCUACGGAGGAUUUGACCUGUACUUUGUUUUGGACAAAUCUGGAAGUGUCCAACAUUACUGGAAUGAGAUAUAUUACUUUGUUGAUCACCUGGCUCACAAGUUUAUCAGUCCUCAGCUGCGGAUGUCUUUUAUUGUAUUUUCAACAGAAGGGAGGACUCUCAUGGCAUUGACAGAAGACAGAGAGCAGAUUCGGGCCGGACUGGAGGAGCUACGCAUGGUGCAGCCAGGCGGAGACACCUAUAUGCACAGAGGUUUUCAAAGAGCCAGCGAGCAAAUAUACUAUGGGACUGGAGAUGGCUACCGGACAGCCAGUGUCAUCAUUGCUCUGACGGAUGGUGAACUGAGAGAAAAUCAGUUUGACCUGGCACAAAGAGAGGCCAGCAGAGCGCGCCAGUUGGGUGCCACUGUUUACUGCGUGGGAGUAAAAGAUUUCAAUGAAACUCAGCUUUCAACAAUAGCUGACAGCAAGGACCACGUCUUCCCCGUGAAUGAUGGAUUUCAAGCGCUACAAGGAGUGAUUGAUUCGAUCCUGAAGAGGUCAUGCAUUGAAAUUCUGGCUGUGGAGCCUUCUAGCAUCUGUGAGGGAGAAUCCUUCCAAGUGGUUGUCAGAGGAAAUGGUUUCCUUCACUCUCGCGAUGUACAGAAAGUGCUUUGCAGCUUCCGCAUCAAUGACACAGUUACUUUGAUGAAAAGACCUUUGGUGGUGAGAGAUACCUACCUUUUGUGCCCAGCCCCUGUUUUGGAAAAAGAAGGAACGGCUGCCACUCUCCACGUCAGCAUGAAUAAUGGCCUGAGUUUCAUAUCGAGCUCCGUCACAAUUACUGCAGUCACUUGUUCUGACGGGACCUUUGUGGCCAUAGCUCUGCUCAUCCUGCUGCUCCUGCUCACCAUCGCUCUGCUGUGGUGGUUCUGGCCUCUCUGCUGCACCGUGGUCAUUCAUGAGCCACCUCCUCCAGUUAUAGAUGAUCUCUCUGAUGACGAAGACGGUUAUCCUAAGAAGAGGUGGCCCACAGUAGACGCCUCAUACUACGGAGGCCGAGGAGUUGGAGGCAUCAAGAGAAUGGAGGUCCGUUGGGGCGAUAAAGGCUCUACUGAAGAAGGAGCAAAAUUGGAAAAAGCUAAAAACGCCCGAGUCGUGAUGCCCGCACAGGAGUUCGAUAUGCCUCCAUCACGACCGUACUACAGCAUGCACAAAUCCAACCGCCCUCAAAAGUGGUACUCUCCCAUCAAGGGCAAACUGGAUGCCCUGUGUGUAUUCCUAAGAAAAGGCUACGACAGAGUGUCCGUGAUGCGACCUCAUCCUGGAGACAAGGGCAAGUGCAUAAACUUCACCCGCAGCUCAUCCUACCCCACUCCUCGCUAUCCCAUAUACAACCAUCCGUCCACGCCUGUCUACACUUUGCCUCACAGCUACCCCCGUCGUCCAUCAGAGGACAGCCACCUCUUUCACCUGCCCCCCUCUCCAACUUCAACUCUCCCCCUUCUGCCGACCACUCCCCCCCCAUCCACCAGCACUCUUCCCAUGUACACCCCACCUCCAAACAGAGCCCUGCCACCGACCGACAUGGACGCCGUCUCUGCACCUCCUUCUCCAACUGGCUCUCUACCGCCUCCGCCUCAGGGUCCGCCUCCCUCUAGAGCGCCUCCUCCAUCACGCCCUCCUCCGCGCCCCAGUCAUGAAAACCACUAAUGAUGAUGAGGAUUGAGGAGUAGGAUCCAAACUCAGGGUUGAAACCUGAAAAGACUCUUUCACCGAGCCUCUGUUUAAUUACAGAGUAAGUGAUUAAGUGACUGUAUAAAGUUCUCUCUUCAGGCUGCAGCCGGUGAUUCAACACCUGAACAGUGAAAAACUUCCAGCAAUUAAGUCUGUUUCCCUUAAUUAAGUGGCUAGAGCAUGACGUGCCAUGAACUCUGACUUUUUCUUUAAGUCUAGAAGGUGAAUAUUUAGUGUAGCAAGCACAGCUUUGGCUAUUAAAUACUAUGGGAGCAAAGCAAUUUAUUCACAAAAAUAAUAAUCAUUUUAAGAGUUUAAUCAGCAGGAAAUCCAAUGGCUCAGCAACUGCGUCAUGUGUUUUAUACAUGCAAGUUUAUUUGUCAAAUGUAUAUUUUGUGAGUGAAUAUUCA